AUGGCAACGGACCUUUGCUACACACUCGUCUAUCAAGAUGACGCGACAGAAACACCUUCUCUCCAAGAGUUUCAACGAGCCUUUGAAAAAGGGUCUGAUGAGACACGUAUUGAGACCAUGAAGAAACUCUUGGUCAUUAUGCUGAACGGCGAUCCUAUGGAAAAACUCUUAUUGCAUGUUAUUCGUUUUGUCUUGCCAUCUAGAAACAAGCAAUUAAAAAAACUGUUGCAGUUCUAUUGGGAAAUUUGUCCUAAAACCAAGCCAGAUGGCAAGUUGAAGGAUGAGUUUAUUCUUGUCUGUAAUGCUCUCAUGAACGAUCUUCAACAUCCUAAUGAAUACAUUCGUGGCUCAACACUUCGUUUCUUGUGCAAAAUAAAAGAAGCUGAAGUACUUGAACCCCUUGUGCCUUCUGUUAGAAAUUGUUUGGAACAUCGCCACUCAUAUGUUCGAAAGAAUGCAGUAUUUGCUAUUGGGGCCAUGUAUAAGGCUUUUGAUUAUCUUUUCCCUGAUGCACCUGAAGUUGUUCAAAACUUUUUACUUUCAGAAGCAGACAUGACCUGCAGAAGAAAUGCUUUUGUGGUUCUUUGUAGCGUAGAUCAACCUCUUGCUGUUCAGUAUUUAUUGCAAGUGAUUGAUUCUGUACCUACAUUUGAUGAAUUAUUGCAAUUAGCUGUCAUUGAAUUGAUCCGUAAAGACUCCAAGAACAAUGCAACCAACAAGGCUGUCUAUAUUCGUUGCCUUUCUGAACUUUUGGCUGCUGCUUCUCAUUCUGUCAAGUAUGAGGCCGCUGCUAUCUUAUUGUACUUGACCACGAGUCCUGCUGCUGUCAAAGCCGCUGCUUCUUGCUAUAUUGAAUUGAUUGUCAAGGAGUCUGACAACAAUGUUAAGUUGAUUGUACUCGAUAGACUUGAAGAGAUCAGAAAUAAGCAUGAGCGUGUAUUGGAUGAUUUAGUGAUGGACAUUCUUCAAGUAUUGACGAGUCCUGAUAUCGAAGUACGUCGCAAGGCCAUCCGUAUUGCAUUGGAAAUGGUUUCUUCAAGAAAUGUUCAAGAAGUUGUUCUUUUCCUCAAGAAAGAAUUGACAAAGACACAAGACGAUGCUUAUGAAAAGAACACAGAAUACCGUCAACUAUUGAUUCAAUCCAUUCACACCUGUGCCAUUAAGUUCUCUGAAGUAGCAGCCAAUGUGGUUCAUGUACUUAUGGAGUUCUUGGGUGAUUCCAACAACCCAGCUGCUGUUGAUGUUGUCUCAUUUGUGCGUGAAGUAGUCGAAAAGUUCCCUGGGCUUAGGGAGUCCAUUCUGGAGAAGUUGUUGGAUACAUUUACUGAUAUGAAAUCAGGCAAAGUGUUGCGAGGUGCACUCUGGAUCAUUGGUGAAUAUUGUGAAAGCAUUCAAGAAAUUGAUGAUGCCUGGAAGCAAAUUCGCCAUGCUUUAGGCGAAAUUCCCUUGUUGGCCUCUGAGCAAAAGUUAUUGGAUGCCACUGAAGCGGCUGAAGAACAAGAAAAAGAAACCACGGUUCCUUCAAAUGGUGGUAGUGGUAGUGGUGGCGCUCGUCGUAUUCUUGCUGAUGGUACCUAUGCUACUGAAAGUGCUUAUACCGAGACAUCUUCCUCUGCUGCUCGUUUAGAAGCAGUCAAGGCCGCCAAGAAGCCUCCACUUAGAUCUCUUUUACUUGCUGGUGAUUAUUUCCUCGGUACAGUCUUGUCUACUGCACUUACCAAGCUUGUUCUUCGUUACAAUACACAUGUGUCUGAUGCUGCAUUGGUCAAUGCUCGUAAGGCUGAAGCCAUGUUGAUCAUGACUAGUAUUUUGCGUAUUGGUCAAUCCAAAUUUGUAUCCUUUGAGAUUGAUGAAGAUUCUUAUGACCGUAUUAUGCAAGAUUUGCGUGUUGUUGGUACAGCCACUGAAAGCAGCGAGAUUGAUACUGUCUAUCUCAAAGAAACACGUCAAGUGUAUUCUAAACAACUCCAAGCUGAAGAACAACGUCUCAUUGAUGCUAAAGCAGAAAGCGAAGCCAGUGUUCAAGUUCAAGUGGACGAUGCUAUCAUGUUCCGCCAAUUCUCUAAAAAAUCUGGUGGUAUUACUGAUGAAUACGAACAAGACCUUUCUCGGGCUACUGGUAUUUCAGACGACAAGGACGACCUGAUGUCCAAAUUAAACCGUAUUGUUCAAUUGACUGGCUUUUCUGACAAGGUCUAUGCUGAAGCAGUGGUGAAUGUACACCAAUAUGAUAUUUUGAUGGAUGUGUUGAUCGUGAACCAGACCAAUGAAACCUUACAAAACUUGAUUGUUGAAUUUGCUACCUUGGGUGAUCUCAAGCUUGUUGAUCGUCCUUCCACACAUAACUUGGCUCCUCAUUCUUUCUUGACUGUCAAGGCUCCUAUUAAGGUAUCUUCUACUGAAACUGGUGUCAUCUUUGGUAACAUUGUAUAUGACUCGCAUGGUUCUACUGAAAACUGUGUUGUGUUGAACGAUAUUCAUAUUGAUAUCAUGGACUACAUUAACCCUGCUUACUGUAACGAGACACAGUUCAGAUCUAUGUGGACUGAAUUUGAAUGGGAAAACAAGGUGAAUGUGAAUACAAAUGUUGGUGACUUGAGAGAAUACUUGCAGCAUAUCAUGGACUCUACUAACAUGAGUUGCUUAACACCCAAGAAGCAAUUGGAAGGUGAUUGUGGUUUCUUAUCAGCCAACAUGUAUGCUAGAAGUAUCUUUGGUGAAGAUGCACUAGCAAACUUGAGUAUUGAAAAGACAGGCGAUGGUCCUAUUACAGGUCAUAUUCGUAUUCGUUCAAAGACACAGGGUAUUGCCUUAAGUCUUGGUGAUAAAAUUACAUUAGCUCAAAAAGUGGCUGCCUAA